CCAUCCGAGGUGGAGCCUGUUGUAGGCGAGGAGACGGAGAAGGCGGAAGAGGCGGUGCUGGAGGAGGCAGUUCCCACUGCCUUUAUUGAAUCUAGUGAUAUUUCUGAAUUUUCUUCGUUUCCUGUUCAUGUUUUGGUGGAUGAAACUUGUGAAUUCGACGUUGCUCAGCCAUUAAAUCUGUCUUAUGUUUCUGAACUGGCGGAAUCUUUGAAUUCUGAUCGCGCAUAUCCUUCUCUUGCCUGUGGUUUCGAAGAUGUUUUGAAAUCUGAGCGUCUUGAUUCAUCUGAUUCUUUUGGUGUUGCAUUGCCUUCUGGAAUUCGUGUUCCUCUUUCCGGUUCUGACCGUCUGCAUUCUGAUGUUCAUCCUGCUCUUCCACCUUUGUCUGAUCUGCUUGUUCCUGUUUCCCACCCUACUGGCAUGGAUGUUUGCGUUACUGAAGAAUCCACUGACUAUGUUGAACUCCAUCUUGGCCUCACCCAUAACGAUCACAUUCAAGUCGAACAGGCUACACCCAUAGACUAUGCCCUCAUGAAAGCGAGCUCUUCCCGCGGUGGUCAUGUUUCAAGAGACAUUCAUGUCGGAAUUUCUGAAAGCACCAGUGAGACGAUAGUCCAAGCGAAAUCGUUUCCAGAUUGCCCUUCUCCUACUCAAGCAAUUGCAAUUGAGACCGGGGAUCACCUCUCUGCACUACCCGGUGUUUGCAAAGCUUCUACUGAUGAGGCCGCAGUCUACAUUGAUGAAAAUGGAAGUGAAAAGCCGAUUAAGUUCUCGCUUACAACUGCAUCUGAGUCCGCGAAGCCUCUAGCUGUUGAUCAGAAUCUCACGUCAGCUACCUUUGUAGCCGUUACUGAGUCUGAACACGUUGAUUCGUUUUCUGCAUCACAAAGAAAAACAAGUCUUCCUGAGAUUGUUUCCGCCGACAAAUGUCUUAAACGGCAUUUGUCAAGCAGUUCUUUGGGCAGUCUACUUGGUAGCGUCCAAACUCCUCCACGCUCGUCUAGAUUCUCAGAUUCAUCCCUUGAAAUUCGACCGAAAGUUCCCCGACGACUUUUCUAUGCCGCAGACACGCAGGAGGUAAUCUGGGAAGAGGUUGUUCUCUUUGACAAUGGCCAAGAAAGUCCUCUUCCCUUCCCGAGUAUUUCGCUUAUAGUCCCGAUCGCAGAACCGAAUUUGAGCAUUGCACCGCAGCAUUCGGUAAUUCAAGAUAGGAAAGAGGGUCCAUUUGUAGAAGUGAACGAUCUUAUUCCUUCUUAUGCCUCACUCCCAAGACCAAAAUCAAAAGAAAUUGAAAUCUGUGGUGCUGUUUUGGGGGCCUCAGCGCCGGAAAUUCGGAGCGACGUAGAGGCUGCAGAGCCUUCAGGCGAGAUGAUGAACCUGCUCUCUUCGGUUCCGAUCUCCUCCGCUCCUGUCAGCAGUGAAGUCGUUGUAUCCGAUAUCCCACCGACGGUGGAGAGCCUUUCCUCGCCGGCAAUUGCGUCAUCUACUAAGUCACCUGAAGAACAGACGGACAGUGAACUAGACGUGUGGAUUUUAUCUAGAUCAAGCUCCGAGGAAGAAACCAAGACGAUUCCGACUGGAAACGAAGAAGACACUCUCCAGAGCUCUAGCGUAGCUGAUAACGCCGAGAUUUUGGCACACGAGAAGGAAAAAGAAGUCACAUGGGACUACUUGCCUCAACUUGCUGCCGCUGCCGGAGCUACGUUGGCUGCGGAAUAUGCAUCGGGCGACGACGAAGAUGAUGAUGAUGAAGAUGAUGAUGAUUACGACAUUAAAUCCAUCGGAUUACAGUCCAGACUAAAAAUGCCCUCUAUGUCUCGGCCAGCACCCCAAGCAACACUAGAUCGUUCAUCACAGCUUCUCUCAAGACUAAAGUUUUACGGCUUGGGGAGCCAGCAAGCAGUUCAGCCUACGCCACGUUUGUUUGAUGUCGAACGUGGUCCCAGUCGAGUUCCUGAUGAAGGCGAAGCCUUAGAACGGCAAGUUGCUGAAGAAGUCAUCCUGGAAGAUGAAGGAGAGGAAGAAGAAGAAGUAGAAGAAGAGGAGAGUCCCAAGAUCACUGUAGAGGACCUUGAUGACUCACUCCCUCCAAUCCCAGAAGUUGCGGGUCCUUUGACGCCUGAUGAAGAUGGUGACUCCCUGAAUGAUGACGAGCUUCCAACAGACCUAAAGCUUGUACCAGCACAUGAGGAUGACGAUGACGAGGAAGAUGAAGACGCCUGCUCUUCGUCAUACUCUCGACCUGUCUCUGAGUACCAUCAACAACGCCAGUCACUCUCACGUCUCAGCGCGUCUUCGCAGCCAAGCUCCUUCGCUGCAACAGCAACUGACACGACAGAAGAAUCAAGCCAAGCAACUAUGAUUUUUGUUGGCAGUGAAGCUUUAAAGUCUCUUGACCAGGCCGAUGAAACUUUCGAGACAAUGCCUUCAUCUCUGGACAACGAUCCCAGUCUUCUCGCACAGACACAAACCUCUGCUUCGGGCAGUUUUCCACGAUUGCCUGGAGAAGGUAUCGAGGUUUCAGCGCAAGGACCUAGUGCACUGGCUGCUUCCUUGUCAACCGAUCAAGUCACAGACGAUAAGCCAUGUGGCAGUCGCCAUCUCGCAGAAAUCGUAUCAACUCCGAGCAUUCUGGAGCGUUCCACUUCAAGUGGAAUUUACUUCCCACAGAAAGGUCGACUUCAUGGCUUCCCAAGUAGAGGUGAUCCUGGUGCAAGUGAACCGGUUCUGUCCAAAACCGAAGCCGCUGACAGUCAGUCAGCCUCGCUAAUAGAAUUUGAGCGAUUAGAGCAGCAAAUGAUAGCCAACUCAUCACCAGACUCCAUUCAAAAGACCUCUUCUGAGAGGCGUAAAAGUUCAAGCAGCAAAGCAAGCAGUUCUCUCUCUGAAUUCGAACGAAUUGAAGCCGACGCCGCUAAAUCCUCUUCGGCGAGUAGCGGUGACCUGCCAUCAAGAACAAAGAUCGCAGAGGAUAGUUCUCAGUCCUCCCUUUCUGAAUUCCUUCGGGAAGAACAGGCGUGUGCAAGCAGCCAAGAGUCCGUUCACCAGCAGCCGCCAGCCCACAAGCCCAUUGAUACAAUUUACGAGGACAUUUUAGCUGAACAAAUGUGUCAGAGUCUAGAGACGUCCAGACAGACAGAUUCCUCUGAAGUAGCUGGGGAUGCAGACUCCCUGGCCCAGUCUUCCAUCCACGAUUCACUAGCCGGAAGUUCUAGUCAACGUGAAUCUCUACCAAUCGACCGAAUCCGUGAUGUCAUUCGUGGUGCACGUGAUGUGCUUGAACAGCGCUUCAGCAGAGACCACGAUUCACUCGGUGAAGCAGAUUCAUCUGAAGGUGAAGACUUUCCGCAAUUCAUGGAGACCUCUGCAGAUUCACUUGAAGCCCUCCACCAGCACAGCCAGCAAGCACGCUAUGGUGACAGCUCUUUAUCGUCCGAAUUAAAUUACAGUCGCCAAAUGACCGAUUCGUUGGAAGACAGCGGCGCUGCGAUGGCCAGCGGAAGCAGGGCCUCAACGCAGCCUCCUUCGCAAUCUGAGGCUCUAUUUUUGCCGUUCACGAGCCCCGCUCCACCACUAAUAAUGUCCACUGAAUUACCGCAAAUGUCUAUCCCUCGUUCCACAAGUAACGACGAAGCUUUAUUGAAGAAGGCUGAUACGGAAGAAGAAUCAUUUCGACGAUUUCCAGUAUCUGCAAGCAGUACGUCUCUAAAUCUGGGACAAGUGCUUGCGCCAAUUUCUCCCACAGACUCAAACCUUGGUUCCACAGUUUUCGAUGUGUCUGAAGAUGAAUUCAAAGGAAGCCUGAAUCCAAAGACCUCAACAAUAGAAAGUCCCUUGAAGAGUCAGUCCUCUUCGCCUGUUAUCAUCCACCGAGCUGACACCAAAGACAUCCCCGAAAUCGCAUCGCCAGUUACCCCAAUGGCUGGUCCAUUUAGUCCGAAGGAUUUUUCUUCACCACUUUCGACGGAAUUGGGCAGUGCAGUUGAAGAGGAAACAGAAGAAGGCUUUGAGGUGAUCAACUUAGCUGACGUCCUACCUCCGCCUGAGCCUAAGUAA